AUGAAAUUAAAAUCAAUAAUAACUGAAAUAUUCGAAGUUAUUGCUCCAUUUUUUUUUAGUUUUUUAAUUAUUAUAUUUUCACCAAUUUUAAAAUUCAUUUGUUUUAAAAAAUCAUUAAAAUUUUCAAAACCUAAAUCAAUAGUUAUUACAGGUACUUGUUCAGGUUUAGGAAGAGAAUUAGCUUGUAAAUAUUCAUCAAUUUAUAAAAAUGAUUUAACAUUAUUAUUAAUGGGAAUGAAUGAAGAUAAUUUAAAUCAAGUAAAACAAAUUUGUCAAAAUCAUGGAUCAAUUGUUUAUACAAUUAUUGAAAAUAUUAAAAAUAAAGAAAGAAUGAAAAACCAUUUAAUUGAAUUUCAUUCAAAACAUCCAAUUGAUUUAUUAAUUGCAAAUGCUGGUACAAUUGAAUCUCAACUUAAAGAAUCGUUAAGUUUUGAAGAUAAACUUCGUGAAAUAUCAGAUACAAAUAUUAAUGGAAUGUUAAAUACAGUGUUACCUGUUAUUCCAUUAAUGGAAUCAAGAGGGUGUGGACAAAUUGCAAUAGUUUCAUCAUUGUCUAAGAAUUUCUCGUCAUUUUAUGUUGGUUAUAGUGCAAGUAAAGCAUAUAUUUCAACAUUUACUAAAAUUUUAAGAAACAGAUUACAUGCAUUAAAUAUUGGAGUUUAUUUAAUUGAACCGGGUUAUAUUUCAACACCACUAACUCAAACAUUAAAAAUAAAACCUUUAUUUGAAAUUAAAAUUGAAGAUGCGGCACCAGAAAUUAUUGAAGGAAUUGAAAAUGGUAAAUCAUAUAUCUCAUUCCCAUUUAGUGCUCGAUGUGUCUCAAUUAUUUCACAUGCUGUUCCUGAAUUUUUAACUGAUGCCAUUAAUUCAUUUAAUUCUUUCUUUUUUGGAAGAUUUGAUUUUCACAAAAAAGAUAUUAAAAAUAAAAUCAAUUAA